UCAACUCAGUCAUGUGAAAGCACAGGAAGUCAUUUCUACAUCCUGGCAUUGCUAGUGAUUCUUGAGCUUUGUUUUAAUUCAAUUGAGAAGAAUGAAGGUUACGGAUGUUGUUGUGUGUCUGCUGUUCUGGGCAGCGAGAGAGGUUGAUGCAAGACCACCCUGUAAUUAUCCUCCUGCUCAAUGGUGCAGCUCAUAUCAAAUUGCAACUGCCUGUCAGGUGGAACACGAGUGCUUGGAGUACAAGCUGAAGAAGAAGGUUGACCCUGUUGUGAUCAGCUUAUACUAUGAGAGUCUCUGUGGAGCAUGUCGUAGCUUUCUCGUGUUUCAGCUUUAUCCCACCUGGCUGAUGCUGAAUGACAUAAUGAACAUCACACUUAUCCCAUAUGGAAAUGCUAUGGAGAAAAAUGAAAGUGGCAAGUGGAUUUUCAGCUGUCAGCACGGUGAGCAGGAAUGUACUGGAAACAUGAUUGAGACCUGCCUGAUGCAAAGCCUCCAGGACCCACGACGGUAUUUCCCAGUCAUCUUCUGUAUGGAAUCAGCAGAAAAUGUGGUUGCAGCUGCUCCGCUGUGCCUUAAGGUUUAUGAGCCCCAAGUCCCCUGGGCCGACAUUGAAAACUGCGUUACUGGCAAUCUCGGCAACAAAUUGAUGCACCAGAAUGCAGAACUAACAAAAGCACUAAACCCACCACAUGAGUACGUUCCCUGGAUCCUAGUCAAUGGGAAACACACUGAAGAUUUGGAGGAUGAGGCUGUGAAUUCGCUCUUCAAUCUAGUUUGUAGCAUGUAUUCAGGGGUGAAGCCAAAGACCUGUGCAAAAGCUGAAGGAAGAAACUCGUUCCCUAAAUGCAUGACCUAGUCGUGGCUGCGCUCUGGCUCUGAUUAAACUCCCAGUGUCUCUGUACUAUGGUUGUAAUGUGUUUAUAUUUUUUGAUCAGAUGGGGUAGCUGGAGUAACUUUGGUCUGAAAUGCUUGACAGCUGGCUGGGGAACAUAAAUUGUAACUGUUUAAGUUUUCUACUGAACAUUGCUGGAGUCACUCCCUGGAUCUGGCAUGCUUCCGAGCAGUAAGCAUCAAAAGCUGAAUUCUUUUAGUCCUUAGAAUUUCUGUACGCAAAUUGUCUUAAUAAAACAAAAGCAAAAUACUUCAGAUGCUGGAAAUCUGAAAAAAAAACAGAAAAUGCUGGAAGUACUCAGCAGGUCAGGUAGCAUCUGUGAAGGGAAAAGCAGUUCUGACCAAAGUUCAUUGACCUGAAACGUCAACUCAGUUUCCACGUAGAUUCUUCCAGACCUGCUGAGUAUUUCUGGUAUUUUCUGCUUUGCUUGUGCUCGUGAAAUCUGGUGCCGACCCCUGAUGCCACUUUGGAAAUGAAAGCAGAAAGAUUUUUGAAGCAGUGAACACUGAAACCCAAAUUCAAACUUCAGUAAGGUACUAGAGGUUGUAAAUUUAAAUUGUUUUGAGCUCCUUCUGUCCCGGUUACUUUUAAUUGAAAAUGUAUGGAUUUUUUAACUGAAACAAUUUUGCUAUUUCUGCUGAAGUCAAAUAAAAUGUAUAUUUAAAAAUGGAUCAAAA